AUGAAGGAUAAAAAACGCAGCAGCAGCAGUGUCGGAGAAGAAGAAAACGCAACAGCAGGAGGAGAGGCAACUAUGGGCAACNAGUCGACAUUUAGCUACAACAAUUUAGUUGCAGCUAUUUCGGAACAGAUUAGGAUCGAUAGUGAGUUAAAUACAAUAGAGAUUAACUUUCUCCCAAAUAAUGGUUUGCAACCGAUUCUGAUAUACAAUGAUACAGGUGUAAAAGUGUAUAUCGAAUUAAAGAAGAAAAGCUUGAAUUUCACUGAACAUCCCUUGUUUGUGAUAGUGAAAGAGAUUUAUGAUAAUCGUUUGGUUGCUACAACUUCCAGUUGUUUGGUUGCUACAAGUUCAAGUUGUUUGGUUGUUACAAGUUCCAAUUCUAUAGAUGUAUCCACAAUUGAUAGCACUGAGAUUAUGCCUGAUAUCGAAUUGAUUGAAAAGACGAAACUUAGUGAAAACACUGGUAUAAUAGAUAAUAUGUUGAACGAAUUUGUUGAGGAGGAUCAAGUUUAUAAAGAUAAAGAGACAGUUAUAAAUGUGAUGAAGAACUUGGUUGUACGCGAGAGGUUCCAAUUUAAAGUGAAGAGAUCUAGUGCAACAAGGUAUCACCUUAUGUGUGUGGAUGACAAUUGUGCUUGGAGUUUCAAAUCUUCUGCCGUUUUCAAGGCAAACAUAUUCAAAGUGAGAAGUUACAAUAAUAAUCACACAUGCGGCUAUGGUGAAAGAUACUUAACACAACGCCAAGCUACUUCGGGUGCAAUUGCUAGUAUAGUCAAGGAUAAGCAUGUUAAUCCAAAAUACGUUUACACCGCAAAUGAUAUAAUAGAGGACAUACAAAAGCAACACGGGAUUGAAGUGAGCUACAUGAAAGCAUGGAGAGCUAAAGAGAUAGCAAUGGCAAUGAUAAGAGGGAGUCCGAGUGAUUCAUAUAAGGAGUUGUCGAAGAAUUUUUAUAUGUUGGAGCAAACAAAUCCAGGAACGGUGACAAAGUUGCACAAAUCAGAAGAUGGAUGCUUUCUUUAUGCAUAUGUUUCGCUAUACGCAUCUAUCAAGGGCUGGGAGCAUUGCAGACCGAUAAUGGUUGUUGACAGAAGUUUCCUUAAAGCAACAUAUAAGGGUACCAUCUUGACUGCUUGCACACAGGAUGGAGCUGGAAAAAUCCUUCCACUUGCAUAUGCAAUUGUAGAUUCAGAGAAUAACAAAUCUUGGGAAUGGUUCUUUGUCCAGAUAAAGGGUACUUUUGGAAAUGUAAUGCGCACAUUCAAGAAACAUCACAAACAAUUGAAGGAUAUCUUCUUUGCUUUGGAUAGAGCUUACACGAUAGAGAAGUUUGAGUACCAUAUGACAGAGAUGUGA